GCCGAAAGGGGAUAAGUGUGAGUGGACCACCUCAAAGAGUUACAUAAGCACGCUGCCGUCAUUUAAAUACUUGGCGUUGUACUUCACAAAGGCCCAUCGACAGCGCUUGCACCAGCGCCUAUUUCCCCUUCAUCUCCAGUGCCACAUAUGCAGAAGACUGUGAGCUCGCCCUGGACCGUCCCACGACAUGGACUCACAGUUGCCACAGCAGACAGCAACGGUGGACAAGUUGGCGAUGUCCCGCGCGCUCGGGGCGGCCUUCUUGAGCCAUCAGGUACAGCAGCUCGAGAGCGCCGUCUCGGAGAGGAACCCCAACUGGCGGGAUCGCAAAGUAGGCCCGAGGAAACCGCCUCCCAACGUCCCGCGCCGCAGGGGAGGCGAUGUGGAGCGCCCCAGGGGCGAGGCGAAGGGCAACCGACGGUCAGGAGACCACACCCGGGAGAAGGACGCCGACGUCGUCAUCGUCGAUGCCAGCGUGCUCGUCCAUGCCCUCGGCCAGAUCAAGAAGUGGUGCAGGGAGGGACGUGAGGAGAUUGUGAUCAUCCCCCUCGAAGCGCUCAACACCCUCGAUCUCCUCAAGAAGGGGAGCAGUGCUCUCGCCGUGCGGGCCCGCGCUGCGUCGCGCGUGCUCGAGGCGCAGGUCGGCACGAACCCACGCAUCCGAGUCCAGCAGGACGACGCCUACGUGCUCUGGGGCAAGCUCGGCCUGGUCGACGGCCCCACCGCUUCCCCUGAAUGGGUCCGCCGCAUCAUCUGCUGCGCGCGCUACGAGGUCGAGCACCCGCCCCCCAAGGCCGAUGACUCCGCGGCUAAGAUCAUCCUUGCCGUUGCCGCCACCCCCAUGGCUCCGGUGCCGCUCCCGGCUCCCGUCCAGGGCAGCAAGCACGAGAUCCGCGCCAGCGGGGGACUUGUGGCGCAGUGGGCCGCGAAGGCCGGACUCGAGGUCCUGCACGCUAAGACCACGCCCCCGAGCGGCGCGCGCAGCAGCUUCGAGGACGACGAGGCCAGCGACGGCCCGCGCGUCGUCAAGCAGCGCCCGCACACGCACCCGAACCCGCACCGCCCCCGCCGCAACACGCCGCCGUCCGGCCCCGGCGCGCUCGUCGAGCGGCCCGCGGCGGUGAAGACGAUGAUGGAGAUGGUCGCGCAGCCGAGCCGCGUCGUGCGCGUGCUCGCGCGCGGCGAGAAGCUCGAGCCCGACUCAGCCGUAUCUGCUGCACCGCCGUCUGCCCUGCAGUGGCAGCGUCUUCGCUCGUCUCGCCUUGACACGGCGGGAGUCACUAUUUCGGGAAACUAUGAUCCGGCGGACACGGGUGCCAGCGGGCAUUCCGUUCGACACUUGCGGGAAGGAUGGACUACUGCUAAAACCGUGCAAGAUCGCGUGGUGUAG